AUGCCUACCAGGAGGGUCCGAGAUUGCGAAAGGAGACGUUGCGCCGAAGCCUGCGAAAGUUGUAAACGUCGCAAGCAAAGAUGCGAUGGUCGACGCCCUUGUGCUCGCUGCAUCAAGCGAGGUCUCGGCCAUGAAUGUCGGGAGUCCCCGUCAGUUUCGGGUCUUGGGGCUCGACGCAUUGUUGCUUCAUCAUUGCCUAGCCCAGACCCUGAAAGAUUGAGUAAUAUCACGGAACAGCAUACUCCAGCUGGUAGUAUCACUGUUGGGUCCAGAUCAGGAUUGGCAUCUACAGAGGAUAACUAUGUUGACGAUCAGACUUCCUCGUCGCUGCAAUUGCUGUCGGAUACACAACCUGAACGGCUUCCGCGGAUGUCACGUCUUGUGCAGGAUACAAGAGGUGAAUACAUGUUUAUUGGCGACUCUGCGACACUGUCGUUUUUACAAAAUAUCCGGAGAAUCGUACGUCGUAGCAUAGGAGACUGUGCCCUCGUCGACGAUCCAUUGAGGCAUGGAAUUGUCGAAUCAUCGCCUGAAACAAGGCGAGGAUGGAUUCUAUCUAGCGCUCAGAAUCCGCCUUCACAGCAAACGGAUCAGGAAGUCAACUACCUCUUGAAGUGGUACAUGCAGUCGACUAAUUGUGUGCUACUACUAUUCGACCAAGAACAACUCCAACAUGACAUUCUCAAGUGGAUAGAGGACGGACAGAACAUUUCUGAUCCAGCGAGUUCUGUCUACUUUCUUGUAUUUGCCAUUGGUGCACAAACUGGACCAGAAGACAAGGAUGAUCAGGCCGAGACCUUCUUCAACUAUGCUCGAUACUUGACAGUUGAGACGUUGAUAGAAGAACCCGGAAUUAUCACCAUCCAGGCGUUGGUCCUCAUCGCCAUGUAUCUCUUGGGUGCAUCUCGUCGUAACGCAGCUUUCAUGUACCUCGGCAUGGGCGUAAGAGCUGCGUAUGCGAUUGGACUACACCGUCAUGAUAUAUCCUCUUUGUUUUCAUCGACUGAGGGGCGGGCACGAGAGCAGCUUUGGAAAGGCAUCCGGAUCCUCGAUUUGUUCAUGAGCGCAUCGCUCGGCCGACCUCCUUCGACGUCCGAGCUGCGUGACACGACAAAUCCACAAAACUACUCGGCUUGUAAUGAUCUGUCAAUGAUCUUCGAAUCGAUUCUUACAGACGUAUAUGCUAAAAGAAUGAUCACCCCAGAAAUACUGGAACGUAUCAGCAAGCAUCUCCGAAGAUGGACCUCACAGUGUGGUGAAGGCUUGGCUCUUGACGGAAUUGCACAAGAGGAACUGAUCAGUGACGAGAGUGGUGAUGACCAGCCGAACAUUGGCCUCAUGCACCUCAAAUUGACGGGACACUGGAGCAUCAUGUUGCUAUCGCUUCCGUUUCUACACAAGGCUGUCUCUCAACAUGUUGAAGAAGCAGAGCAGUCGUCCAGCGCAUCUACUAAGCGUUCCUCGUCAUCCAACGAGGUACUCGUCCAUUCCUGCCUCCAAUCAGCCGUACGGACAGUAGACCUGCUGCAACCCCUUCUCAAAGCAGGCACCAUCCCAAAGCGUUUGCCCAUAGUGGGUAACUCAGCAUUCGUUUCUGGACUAGUACUCGGAGCAGCCAUAUUUGGCGAUUUCGACAACUCGUUCCCACUUGAAAAGAGUCUCCACGCCGCGAGGAGCGUUCUCGAGCAUCUAGCCCGCUGCGAUGCUGUAGCUAAACGCCACCUCAUGAUCCUAGAUCAUCUACAGGGAGCAUGUGAGAUUUACAUGGACAACAGAGCCAGAUUACGGAUGGAACGUCAAGGCCAUCUGGUCAAUGGUCUCUUUGGCAGUAUUCACACCAUAGGAAAAUCACCAUUGCGAAGUUCUCAGCAGCCAGAGAUGAACUUCAGAAUACCGCCAUCUGAAGGGUUCCAAACGCAGCCUCAGACGCCUAGGCCUGGACAGGUAUCAAACCAAGAUAUGGCGAGUGACCAGCAAGGCUAUAAUAUUGAAGGAGGGGAACAAUCAGAGAUUGAAGUUGGGAACGUGACUGAUGCUUUUCUGGGGAUUUCUCCAAAUAUGCUUUGGUUUGACUCGUUUGAUACGACAAUGUCGUUGUUUCCGAUUGUUGAUACGCAAACAAUGGGUGAUGAUUUAACGUAA